AGCAAAACAACGUGACAAGUGAAGGAUGACUUUUUCGUAAUGAAUGUACUGCACUUUGCGGCCGUUUCUGUGGAUUACAUCAGUUUUACAAGCACCCACGACGUUGCUGGGAGGAGAAUGAAGCUAUAGCUAUUUGUGUUGUUUGUGUAUUGAUAUAGUGUUAAGUGUUUUUGCCUAUCUCAGUGCACAAGUUUUCUUUUAGAGGUCGGAGUUGGCGAGAGAAAGGGAUUGAGAGAACCAGCGAGAGAUUGAAAGAUGUUCAAAUACGGAGCGAGGUUGUAUCGUCGCUUCCGUGACUUAAGUGUUGUAGGUCGAUGUCGGAGUUCGUCUUUGUCUUCAGCUCCAGAGAGAGCGCUGCAAUACUCCAUCGGACAGAAGAUUCAUGGAUUCACCGUCACUGAGGUGACCUCUGUUCCUGAUCUUUUCCUCACUGCCGUCAAACUUGAGCAUGACGCCACUGGAGCAAAAUAUCUUCACGCGGCCCGCGAUGAUGCUAACAACCUCUUCAGUGUCCAGCUCCGCACCACUCCUAUGGAUAGCACCGGGGUGCCUCACAUUUUGGAACACACCGUCCUCUGCGGCUCUGAACGGUUUCCGUGUCGUGAUCCCUUCUUCAAGAUGCUCAACAGAUCCCUCUCUACGUUCAUGAACGCAUUCACAGCCAGUGACUACACCAUGUAUCCCUUCUCCACCCAGAACCCCAAAGACUUCCAGAAUCUUCUCUCUGUCUACCUGGACGCCGUCUUCUUCCCCUGCCUAAGAGAACAAGACUUCUGGCAGGAGGGAUGGCGCUUGGAGAACGCAGACACGCAGGAUCCCUCAUCCCCUCUGGUCUUCAAAGGGGUGGUCUUUAACGAGAUGAAGGGAGCAUUCUCAAAUAAUGAGCAGUUGUAUGCUCAGCACCUCCAAAACUUGCUGUUACCGGACCACACAUAUGCCCACGUGUCUGGAGGGGAACCGUUAGCCAUCACAGACCUGACCUGGCAACAGCUGAAGGAGUUUCAUCAGACACACUAUCACCCCAGCAACGCAAGGUUUUUCACAUAUGGAGAUCUGCCAUUGGAGCAGCACCUGCAGCAGAUAGAGGAGGAGGCUCUCUCUCGAUUCCAGAAGACGGAACCUGACACGGCCGUGCCCGCACAGUCACCAUGGAACACACCGAGAGAAGCGAGUGUGUGCUGUGGACCCGAUGCCAUGGCUCCCGAUCCCGCCAAGCAACACACACUCACAGUCAGCUACCUACUGGGAGACAUCACGGACAUGUUUGAGAGUUUCGUCCUGAAUCUCUUGUCGUCGCUAAUGGUGACGGGUCCCAACUCUCCGUUCUACCGCACACUGGUCGAACCCGGGAUUGGCUCCGACUUCUCCUCCUUGGUGGGGUAUGAUGGCAGUACGCGUAAUGCAUCCUUUAGCGUUGGUCUUCAGGGGAUAUCCGUGGAUGACGCAGAUCGCGUGAAGCGAAUCAUUGACGAGACCGUAGAUGACAUCAUAGUUAAAGGGUUUGAGGAGGAGCGGAUCGAGGCUCUGCUGCACAGGAUCGAGAUUCAGAUGAAACACCAGUCGUCAAGCUUUGGACUCGCUCUGGCAUCCUACAUUGCGUCCUCUUGGAAUCAUGACGGGGAUCCAGUGGAGCUUCUGCGUAUCAGUCAGAACGUUGAGAGAUUCCGACAAGAAGUCUCCAACAACCCAGCGUUCCUCCAGGACAAAGUCCGACACUAUUUCAAG